AUGGCAAAGGCAUACCGUAAGGAGGAUUUUGAUAAAUUAAUGACUAAGGUGGUAAAAGUUGAUCAUAGGGUGAAGGAUUACCUUGAGGAUACUGGAUAUGAGAAGUGGUCAAGAGUUCAUUCACCAGUAAACAGAGGUAGAAUGAUGACUUCGAACAUCGCAGAAUGUAUCAAUGGAUGCCUUGUUGAGGCACGUCAGUUACCUAUAUUAGUUUUUUUGGAGAUGUUAGAAUUCUAUUUGGUUCUUGGAACUGUUGUUCCAUUGUCUGAAUAUAUUUUCUCGGUUUAUAAAGCUGGAAGAAGAUACAUUGUAUGCCUUGAGCGGAAAGUAUGUAGUUGUGGAAGAUUUCAACUAGAUGAGAUACCAUGCGCACAUGCAAUUGCAGUUUUAAAGCAAAAGAAUGUUACGGAUAUGAAUUCAUAUUGCUUUGAUUACUACAAGCCUGAUGCAUUAGCAAAAACCUAUGAGGUUGCAAUGGCUCUAAUGCCAAAUAAGGAGGAUUGGUCAGUUCCAGACUAUGUUUUAGAUGAAAUUAUGUUGCCACCUAGAUACAAAAGAUUGGUUGGACGACCAAAGAAACGAAGAAAAAAAAAUGCAGAUGAGAAGAUAACAGUUAACAAGAAUUGUUGUGGACGUUGUGGACAAGAAGGUCACAACAGAAGAACUUAUACUUUCUUCCUGAAAGAGAAGUGA